AUGACGCAGUGGGCUGACUGCCAACCAACCAACCAACCAACCAGCCAGCCAACCAGCCAGCCAACGAACCAACAAUCCACAAAGCAGGUUAGCAUCAGCGGUUCGCUAGUGCGGGUGUGGGAGCUGUACAUACUUAUUUACCAUGUGCAGCGUUGCGCUACAGGAAUCGCCUUUAGUAAUUUGUUCAAUGCAUAUUCAGUACUCAUACAUGAGCCUGGAAUGGAGGACGAUAUCAGCGACGAUGGUAAUCCGCCACCAUCGCUGCCGCCACCGGCUUUAAAUGUCGGCACCAGCAAGGAAGGUAAUUCACUAAAUUUAGGUAUGGCACAAAUAGUUGUUACUGCCGCAACCCCAAUGGUUGAAGACGGCACAGAUAAAUCUUUCCCUCCGGUAGGAGAGAGUGAUGGCGGCAGUACAGCUGAAGCUGCAGCAACAGCGAAAACUGCCAGCGGCGGCAACGACAAGGUUGUAAAGCAGAAAAAAGUGGAACCCAAAUCAGUGGCACCAGCAGCAGCGGCCGAUGAAAAUGAGAAUCAUGAAGACGACACACACUCAUCCGAUCAGGAUCCCGACUCCGAGGUAAAAACUCUGCAGGAAGCCGAAGAUCCAUUCAAUGAGAAGGGCAGCGGUGAUGCUGGCGACGGAUUCGAGGCGAAUUUCGAAGCACAUUUCGAUGCCAACUUCGAUGAUGCUUUCUCCGGCGGUGCACAAUCAGCAGAUAUCAAUGCCGAGCUAAGCGCUGAUGAUGUACAAACACCCAAGCAGGUGGUGGGCGGACGUGCAAGCAUACCUGAGGAAUUGGACUCAAAUCAAUUGGCACGAUUGCAGAAUCUAAAAGAGUCAAAUGCAUAAACGCAGCAAAUAAAUAAAAGUGAACAGAUUGAAUGAGCAGUUGCAUUUAAAUACAAACAUAGUACUCAUAAAAUACAGCAAUGAAAAUGCACAGUGGGA